AUGAGACCGUGCUGCAGCAGUCACCUUCCUUUCCCAGGCCUGGGCCCCAGUCGGCCUUCACACCUUUGCUCCUCACCGCCCUCCACACUAGAGGGCCUGUGGAAGGUCAGGGAGCUGCGGGGGCGACUUCCUUUCUCUCCAGGCAAGUUGGCGGGAGGCGAGGCUAGAGUGACUUUGGGGCAACCGCAUUUUUCUCGCCAGGAUCUUGCCAACUUGAAUGUUACCAAAUUUACCCCACUUUCACACGAAGUUAUCAGCAGACAAUCCACAAUUAAUAUAGGUACAACUGGUCAUGUAGCUCAUGGGAAACUCACAGUUAUAAAAGCUAUUUCUGGAGUUCACACUGUCAGGUCCAAAAAUGAACUAGAGAGAAAUAUUGCAAUCAAGCUUGGAUAUGCUGAUGUUAAGAUUUAUAAACUUGAUGACCCAAGUUGUCCUCGGCCAGAAUGUUAUGAAUCCUGUGGAAAUACACCUGAUGAGUUUCCUACAGAGGUUCUGGGGACCAAAAGGAACUUCAAAUUAGUUAAACAUGUUUCCUUUGUUGACUGUCCUGGCCACGAUAUUUUGAUGGCUACUAUGCUGAACGGUGCAGCCGUGAUGGAUGCAGCUCUUCUGUUGAUAGCUGGUAAUGAGUCUUGUCCUUAGCCUCAGACAUAUGAACACCUGGCUGCUAUAGAAAUCAUGAAACUGAAGCAUAUUUUGAUUCUAUAAAAUAAAAUUGUUGUAAAAGAAAGCCAGGCUAAAGAACAAUGUGAACAGAUCCUUGCAUUUGUGCAAGGUACAGUAGCAGAAGUAGCUCCUAUUAUUCCAAUGUCUGCUCAGCUGAAAUACAAUACUGAAGUUGUCUUUGAGUAUAUAGUAAAGAAAAUUCCAGUACCUCUAAGAGACUUUACUUCAGAACUCCAACUCAUUGUUAUUAGGUCCUUUGAUGUCAACCAACCUGGCUAUGAAGUUGAUGACCUUAAGGGGGUUGUAGCUGGUGGUAGUAUUAUAAAAGGAGUGUUAAAGGUGGGCUAGGAUAAAGUCAGACCUAGUAUUUCCAAAGAUAGUGAAGGAAAACUCAUGUGUAAACCAAUCUUUUCCAAAAUUGUAUCACUGGAACAUAAUGAUCUUCAGUAUGCUGCUCCAGGAGUUCUUACUGGAAUUGGAACAAAAAUUGAAUCCACUUUGUGCUAGGCUGACAGAAUGGUGGGACAGGUACUCCAUGCAUUUGGAGCUUUACCUGAGAUUUUCACAGAGUUGGAAAUCUAUUUCUUGCUUAGACGGCUUCUAGGUGUAUGCACUGAAGGAGACAGGAAAGCAGCAAAGGUGCAAAAGUUGUCUAAGAAUGAAGUGCUUAUGGUGAACACAAGAUCCCUGUUGACAGGAGGAAGAGUUAGUGCAGUCAGGGCUGAUUUGAGUAAAAUCAUUUUGACUAAUCCUGUGUGCACAGAAGUAGGAGAAAAAAUUGCCCUUAGCCAAAGAGUUGAAAAACACUGGUGUUUAAUUGAUUGGGGUCAAAUAAGAGGCGUGACAAUCAAGUCAAUAGUAGAUGAUGACUGA